CGGCAGCUGCUUGCGGGCGGCCGCCAUUGGCCGUAGCGCCCUGCUCAACGUUUGUGCGGUGGGGCUCCCAAAGGGGGAGAGAGUUGCUGAGUGCCGCUGGGGGUAAAGGGGCAAGUGACGAGCGGACUGAAGCACUACACACCGAAGGUCUCAGAAAAGGGCUUCUGGAAGGUCGGCACCUUGCGGACCCUCUAGUAGCGCCCGCACCUGAACCUGAGACCCUCCAGCGCGCGUGCGCAGCGAGGGUCUUCUCGCACCUGCUCGCGAGACCCCAACUGCCUGCUGCUCGAGGCCUCGCGGGGGCUUCUCGGUGGAGCGGGUCAUGGCGCAGCUGUGUGGGCAGAGGCGGUGCCGGGCGCUCCUCGCCCUGCUGGCAUCACUGCUCCUCUCCGGGGCCCAGGCGGCCGAGGGAGAACGCGGCAUUCACGAUUUCUGCCUGGUUUCCAAGGUGGUGGGGAGAUGCCGGGCCUCCAUCCCGAGGUGGUGGUACAAUGUCACUGAUGGGUCCUGCCAGCAGUUCGUGUACGGAGGCUGUGAAGGAAAUGACAACAAUUAUCAGAGCAAAGAGGAAUGCCUCAAGAAAUGUGCUGGUGUCACAGAGAAUUCCAUUGAUCAUUUGGCCAGCAGCAGGAAUGGAGCAGAUUCCUCUGUCCCAAGUGUUCCUAGAAGACAGGAUUUUGAUGACCUCUCCAGCGAUAUUUUCAACUAUGAAGAAUACUGUACUGCCAAGGCAGUCACUGGGCCUUGCCGGGCAUCCUUCCUGCGCUGGUACUUUGAUGCUGAGAAGAACUCCUGUGAUAACUUCAUCUAUGGAGGGUGCCGGGGCAAUAAAAACAGCUAUCUCUCCAAGGAAGCAUGCAUGCACCGCUGCUACGGCAAGCAGAUAUAUCCAGUCUUACCCCCUGGCACAAAAGUGGUGGUCCUGGCAGGGAUGUUCGUGAUGGUUCUGAUCCUCUUCCUGGGAGCCUCUGUGGUCUGCCUGAUCCGGGUGGCACGGAGGAACCAGGAACGUGCCCUACGCACCGUUUGGAGCUCUGGUGACGACAAGGAGCAGCUGGUGAAGAACACAUACGUCCUGUGAAUGCCCUGUCACCAAGAGAACUGGGGAAGGGGGGAACGUGUGUGUGCUUUUUUAAAAUAGAGUGAUUGAUUUGUAUUUGUGAGAUCAUUAGGCCUUUGAUUUGUUUGUUACUCCAGCGGGUAAGGAGGCUGCUUUCUGGUCUCACCAGGGUGGGUUUGCUUUGGAAAUUCUCCUAGAAGGUGGCUCUUUCUCUCACAUCCCCUCUGGUCUGGCAGCAGCCCCCACGUGUUCCUCGUCUUCACUUUUCCUUCCUGCAGGUGUAGUUACCCUUUGCCUCUUCCAUCACAAAUGUGAUGUUACCAUGGUUCCUUUUGUUUGUUUGAUUCAUUUUUUUUUUUUUUAAGCAAGCGUAAACUGAAGUUUUUUUAUUAGGAUUCUAAAAGGAAGAAAGUAAAAUGUACAAGUUUAAUAAAAAGGGCCUUCCCUUUUGAAAUAAA